ACUACUUCCAGUUUAUUCCACCUGUCUCAAGAGUAAAGACACUUCAAACAUGUCAGAGAAAACCAUUCUACAUGGUUUGCCACCUCCCCUAAGCAACUUGGAAAUAAAAUACACAAAGAUUUUUAUAAACAAUGAAUGGCACAAUUCUAUAAGUGGAAAAAAAUUUCCUGUCUACAAUCCAGCUACUGGAGAGAAAGUAUGUGAGGUGGAAGAAGGAGAUAAGGAAGAUGUGAACAAGGCUGUGAAAGCAGCAAGAGAAGCUUUCCAGAUAGGGUCCCCAUGGCGAAGGCUGGAUGCUUCUGAAAGGGGCCGGAUGCUUAAUAAGUUGGCUGACCUUGUGGAACGCGAUAGGUUGAUUCUAAGCACCAUGGAAUCUAUUGAUGGUGGAAAGCCAUAUACAGCAUCCUAUUUUGGAGAUAUACCUGGAGCUAUUAAAUCACUCCGUUACUGUGCAGGAUGGGCUGAUAAAGUCCAAGGCCGUACAAUACCAAUGGAUGGUGACUAUUUUACUUUUACAAGACAUGAGCCUGUUGGAGUGUGUGGUCAAAUAAUCCCAUGGAACUUUCCAUUGGUGAUGUUUGCUUGGAAAAUUGCUCCUGCUCUAUGCUGUGGUAACACAGUUGUCAUCAAACCAGCUGAACAAACUCCACUGACUGCUCUAUACAUGGGGUCUUUAAUAAAGGAGGCAGGAAUUCCUCCUGGGGUAGUGAAUAUUGUACCAGGAUAUGGACCAACUGCAGGAGCAGCUAUAUCUUAUCAUAUGGAUAUAGACAAAGUGGCUUUCACUGGUUCAACAGAGGUUGGAAAGCUGAUAAAAGAAGCGGCAGGAAAGAGCAACCUUAAACGAGUCACACUUGAACUUGGAGGAAAAAGCCCUAACAUCAUUUUUGCAGAUGCAGACUUGGAUUUGGCAGUUGAGCAUGCACACAAUGGCCUGUUCUUUCAUCAGGGUCAGUGUUGCAUAGCAGGAUCCAGGAUCUUUGUGGAAGAACCAAUCUAUGAUGAAUUUGUGCGUAAGAGUGUUGAAAGGGCCAAAAAACGUGUACUUGGAGAUCCUUUUGCUCCAUGUGUAAACCAAGGACCACAGAUUGACAAAGAACAAUAUGACAAAAUCCUUGAAUUGAUUGAGAGUGGAAAGAAAGAAGGAGCAAAGUUGCAAUGUGGAGGAAGUGCAUGGGGUGAGAAAGGUUUCUAUAUCAGCCCCACAGUCUUUUCAGAUGUGAAGGAUGAUAUGCGUAUAGCCAAAGAAGAAAUUUUUGGGCCUGUGCAACAAAUCCUGAAGUUUAAAACAAUCGAUGAAGUUAUUAAAAGGGCAAACAAUACAAAGUAUGGAUUAGCUGCCGGAGUUUUCACCAAAGACAUGGACAAAGCAAUAUUAAUGUCUACGGCUCUUCAGGCUGGAACUGUGUGGAUAAAUUGCUACAGUGCCAUGUCCCCACAAAGCCCUUUUGGCGGGUUUAAGAUGUCUGGAAAUGGCCGUGAAAUGGGUGAAUAUGGCCUGCAUGAAUACACCGAAGUCAAGACGGUUAUCAUGAAAAUUUCUCAGAAGAAUUCCUAAAGAUGUUACGUCACUUAUAUCCUGAAUGCCUGGAGGAUCGUGGAAAACACUGCCAUAUUUGUGUGUAUAAAUCUCAUUGUGACAACAGCUGCAAACAUUUGUGGUGCUGGUAAAAUAUCUACUUUUUCCUGGUGACGUUUCACCAUGGUAUCAAUUGUCAAUAGGUCUGGAAAACAACACGUUUUAUUCUACUGAUCCUGCAGUGCAUUAAUACAUUAGCAAAUCACAUAUAUGCUGCCCUCUGUCAUAGUUCUGUGUUUUAUGUUCUGGUGCAGAAAUCAUUAAAUGAUUUUAGUCAAGACUCAACCCUUUCAUCUAGUAUAUUGCUAAGAAAAGGAAGGUACAAGAAAUUCAUAUAUAAAAUAUAUAGAAAUGUAUAAAAAAAAUCUAUUUGUAAAGAAAAAUAUCCAACAAGGGAAAUAAACCACUGCAAACUGCUGCCAUAUUUAUAAAGCAUACAUUAAAAACGGGAAAGCAUUUGAGUUUGAUGGCCAAACUGGAACCACCAACUCUUUUAAAAAUGGCAUCUAAUUGUACAGAAAUGGUGUUACACUGGAUCGGAAUCCAGCUAUGACCAGCUGGUAUAUAAAAAUGAUUCUACGCAGAACGGAAAAAAAAUUCCUUUUUAUUGGGUAGAUGAUACAACUAACAGCUAUAUAAAAGUAGAGCUUUAAAAAUGUAUUACGUAUUGAUUUUUCUCUCAAUUUGGAAUUAAAGAUAAUGUGAAUUUAAUUUUUCAUUGAAAUGUUCUAUUGUGCUUGGCAGUUGUAUGAAAUACAAUGUAAUAAAUACGCUUUUGUUCUUUCAGAGG